GUAAGAACUAAGUACCGUGCAAGAACGGAAAUAACAAUAUCCUCAUUUUUCGUAACAUGUGAAUUAAUCAACUGUUUGCAGUGAGAUGACAGAGACGUUUUCAAGUGCUCUGCAUCGUUGGGUUUAGACAUAAUGCUGCUUAAUAUUUUUCAUCUGAGAAGAAGAAUCAACUAGAUACAGUUGAGAUCCACUCACUCAUGCCUCGUCAAACCCAUAAUAUAUAAGAUUGUACGAUUUCUACGAAGAUAUAUCAAUGUGGAAAACUGCAUAGUAACAAUUUGGCAGGAAGCAAAUUCAGGAUUUUGCUGUACACAGUGUUCGUUUAAAUAGGCUGAUGCUAAUAAUCAAUAUUUAAUUUGGUGCGAAAAACAUCUGCUUCAACAUGAGUUUAAUGUGACACUUAUUGCUGCUAGAGAAAAAGCCAAAUUUUCCUGAGAGGGGCUAAAUUUCAAUCUUCAAAUCACAACAAUUUUCAUUAUGGCCGAACCCAAGGGAUAUGUGGGAUAUAUGAUCGUCGGUGAUAAAUCUGUAGAAUUUUACCGUGAUCCAGUUAUGUUCGUCAACAAACGGAUGGAAGAAUAUGACACACGCAUUUUUCAAUCAAGAAUUCUCAACAAACCAACAGUCUUUAUAGGAACAAUUCAAGGGGUGCAGGAUUUAGUUGGAGACUGUAGUCAUAAUUUUGAAAUGGGCUACAAAGUGUUUAUGCAUGGUCUCUAUGGCGACAAUGCUGUGUUUGCUGAGGGAGAGGAAGCGGCCAGAUUAGGCCAAGUUCUUCAUUCUCUGUUUGAGCCUGCUAGCAUGCACCUGUUCAACACAAAACUAAAGAACCUCAUCAGCAAGCAUUUCAGUAACUUAGAUGCAGGCACGGAGGUCUCGGCUUAUGAACAAUUUAAACAUUUUGCAACAGAACUAUCCUUUAGUAUAUUUUUGGAUGUAGUUCCUAGUCACUCAGCGGAGGUGUAUGAUCAACUUAGUCAGCUAAUCACAACACAUUGGCAUGGAAUCAUCUCUGUGCCAUUGAGUUUGAAAUUGCCAUACUGGGGUUCGUCAUCAGGGUAUAACAGAGCUUUGGAAGCUAAGGGUGAACUAUUGGAAAUAAUCAGGGAUCGUUUAGAAAAAGCAAACAAGGGAGAUUUUCUUCAUCAUAUAUCUGAAGCAGGAUUUCAGAACCAAUCAGAAGUAGAGAAUCAUUUGUUGUUGUUCAUCUCAGCCUUAGUUCCAAAAGCAUUUGCUUCCAUCUUAACGUCUUUUACUUUGGCUUUAUCCGGUCAUGAUAAGGCCAAACAGCGCCACCAAGCUUCUAUAGACUGCAAAUAUUUAGAUCACGUACUGCUUGAGGUACAAAGGUUAUGGCCACCAUUUUUUGGAGGAAGACGUUUGACAAGAAAGAGCUGUGUCUUAGAUGGUGUCAAGGUUCAUAAGGGUACAGCUGUUGUGUAUAUGACCAACUCGGCACACAGGGACCCAAAAGUGUUUACAGACCCAGAGGAGUUCAAACCAGAAAGAUGGGAUGAAAAUGGGGAUGAGUUGGAGAAGCUAUUGUGCUGUUUUGGUGGAGGAAAGCGAAAGUGUAUUGGCAUCCAUCUUAUCAAAAACAUACUCAAGGAAGUCUGUACGUACUUAUUAAACAACUAUGAGUGGUCCGUUUCUGACGAUCAAGAUCUUACGUACAAGUGGUUACCGGUAUCGCGUCCUAUAGGUCAACUAAUGACCCAGUUUGUGAGUAAAGGUAAUCAAAACGAUUAAGGGACAUUGGUGUAAAUAAUUGCAACAUCAUUCCAUGAUUAAGACAAUAUUCAAGUAAGGAACAAGUUGGUUUCCUGUUUGCAAUGCUUCUGUGACUACAUGUUUUCCUGUUGUCUUUCUAGGACCACUGCUACUGUGAUUUUGACCCUGUUGUGAUACUAACAUUUAAAAAAACCUUUAAAUUACACAUUUAAAGUGAUCAAAUAAAUUUUUAAUAAGAGACAGAUGAAACAAAUAGUUUUCUCUAAUACAUAGUUUUUAAUAUGAAAAUCCUCAAAUUGAUUGCCACCGAUUUGUGUGUCCAUAAAAAGAAUAAGGAAUUGUUGUUUUUUCUUGCGUUUGUGAAUUGGUGAACAAAAUAUAUGUUAAUUCUAAUUUUUAUUUCAUUUGAAUUAUCUCCCCUCCACCCUCCACCCUAAAUAUUAUUAAAAAUGUUGAGACUAGCCUCUAAUUGAACCAUUUUUAUAAGUUUGACCGGCUCUGGCAAAACUAGCUGUUUGUAGUAAAUUCUACAUGAAUUCUUCUUGAAGACAGUGUUAGUGAAGUUAUGAAUAUUUAAUUCAUUGGAUAUCAGCCAUGUAUGUUUUGAGAAAACAGCUUGAAAAGAUUCAAAAAUUAAUAUUUUAUUAUUAAGAUUUGUAUGUUAAAAAUAGUUUUUUAAUGUACUUUUCAGUUAGAUUUGGUGACUGAUACUUUGCAGAAUUGUUUUUCAGUAUAUCUUCUUUUAUAAAAUGCAAAAACAGGAAAAUGUUCAAAAUUCUGAUUUUCAAACAUUUUGGGUGCUUAUGAGAAAUUAAAAAUUGCAACGAACGGCUGAUUUUUCGAGAGCCGAUCACAAAAUCUCAAGUGCCUACAACUGGAAUAUAUAAAAUUAAUAGUCUGUAAUAGUAGUUUUUUGUUUUUCAAAAUACAUAUUCAUAGAUUGAUACAGUAUGACGCUAUUUGUUUUAGCUGCUAAAUAAGUGUAAAGAGAAGACUAUUUAUCUGCUGAGAAUUAGUGUACAACCAGCAGUUUCGUGUGCUAUUGACCUUGAAUAAUAGACUAAUAACAAUAUUUAAAUUACAGUAUGUACUUAAUAGUAUAACGUGUUUUAUAAUAACUGUUUUAUGAUGAUAUCUGUGAAAUAUGUUAAUGUGGCAAUUACCAAAUCAAUCAGUUAGAGUCUACUAAAAUCUAGUAACUAGUUUGUCAACAACACCUACCAGUACUUAUUCUGCACAUUUUUAUAAUUAACAAAUUUUUAUUUGUUCAAAUGUGUUGCCCAAAACAGUGACUUUUGGUAACUAUUGUUUUGUCCCCAUGCACCAAAUUUUUAAAGUAAAGCUUGAACCAUACAAGUAUUUUAGGUUUAGGAAAAAAUAAUGGUAAACAAAAACAAAUGCUGACCCUAAUUUUUUAGAUUUUGGGUUGAUUGACACCAACUUGUUUUUGUCUAAUUAAGGUCUGUCCACACUAUCAAAUUUUAUUUGACAAACAAAAUGUUGUAUGUCCACAUAUAGUCAUGAUGUGCCCAUAUAUAGUCAUGAUGUUUCCAUAUAUAGUCAUGAUGUGCCUAUAUAUAUUCUCUGGUAGGCAUCUUGUACGCUGACAUAUUCCCUUUUUGCUUACCUGACUCCUGAGAGAAAUAAAAUUAUGAAAAUUAUAAAUAUGGUCAUGAUGUGAUGUCAUCAUGACCAUAUUUAGACAUGUCACAUGUUUUUGUCAAAUAAAGUAUGAUAUUCUGGACUGGGCUUAUACGAUACAAAAUGAUACCGAUACAGUGGCAAAAAAAAACAUAUAUGUUUCAUUUCUUUAUUUGACCAAAAACAGAAUACAUAAUCAAACUAUAGUUGUCUGUGAGCAGCUUCUCAAUGCACUGUUGCCAUUAAUUGACACAAUUAUUAAUAUACCGUGCAACUGAACAUGCAAUCUAAUAUGUAGAUUCUUGCAACACAUGCGGAAUGAGUAUUUUGCCAUAUGUGGCAAACACAAGCCAAACCAGUCACUCGUCGCAAAAAUUGAUUGUUAGAUAUUAUUACAGGGUUAAAAAAUGAAAUGAAAGCUAUACAAUGGUAAAAACAAUCACUUAAAACUGACAAUUCCUUAUGAAGUUACAAGUGUUAAAACAUACAGCUAUUUGAAAAACAAUAUUUGAGAAAUCAGCCUUAGGCAGAAACCUUCACCAAAUUGUUGACAAUUGUUGUUUUAACAUCGAAAAUGGGGAAAAUAACAACAUGUCAUGAUGUAUAGAUAUAUAGUUAGUUUAGUACAAUAAGAUAAAUUUAACAAAUUUUGACAUUUCAGAGCAUAUUUUAGCCAUUAUCUCUGAAACACGAUUUGUGAUCAGUGACUGGUGUGGCUUGUCUUUGCCACUGUUUUUGUUUAUGCCAUUGACAAAUAUAUAGUAACGAUUUAUUUGAAGAUUUUAAUACUCAAACUAUUUUUUUGUAGUACCAACAAUUAAUCACAUGAUUUAUUAUUGAUUUUUGUGAAUGAGUGUAUUUUUAUAUUAAUGUAUUUUGUUUCAUGAACUGUAUUUUAUUUAUUUUUUUUUUAUUUCUUGUUUCUAUCAAGAUGAAAGUUAAUUCAUUUGUAUUUUAAUGUAUAAUUUAUACAGUAUAAUAUCCUUUUUAUUUGGACAUAUCAUCAAUUAUAGUUUUCUACAUUAUAGCAGGGAGUUGUUACAGUAUGGUAUACUUCAAAUUAUUAAUUUUAGAUUGUAGAAUAAGAAAGCAAUAUUUUAGUUAAGUAAAUUAUGUAGAAAUUGGUUUCUUUUGUUUAAAGCAAUAUAUUUGAUGGAAUUUAUAUUUUUGAAUAACAGCAGUUGUUGCCAUGAUUGCACUUUGGGCACUCAACUGAAAGUUAUGGGGUUCAAUUCACAUGCUGGCCACUAGUACUACAACCAGUCGGGCAGGCCAAGCCCUUGUUGACAAUGAACUGGGACCAAAAAAAAAAAUGUAUACUUUGGGCAUAAAACUACUCUUCAAAGUAUUUCAAUAUAGCUUAGAAACUGGUCAAAAGAUUUCCAUUUUGUCUAGGCAUCAGGGUAGAUUUCUACCAGGGUUUAUUUUAAACACAGUGUAUGGAUUGACUUUGUGCUGUAGUAAGCAGUACCCAAAUAAAUAAACAAUACUUUUACUGAA